GAAAGAAGGUUUGCGUGUCAGCGACCCCAUCGCGGCGCUUACUCAUCCCACUUGCAGGAAGAGAUGCUCAGAUCAACUGUUCCAUUCAUCUCUCGCCUCUGCCUGAUCUCCGCCCUCACUGCACACAGUCAUCUCACCGCGCAGCCCAUCGCCAAAGCCUCACGUCCCAACGCUUUCAUCAUGAGGGCCCUACAACGAUUCAGCCAAUCAAGACGGCCAUCGGCCUAUCGGUCUUUUGCCGCUUCUCCAGUGCUGAGGCGGCCGUGUUCCCACGCCAGCGGCACUGGUGGAGGCGGCGGCAGGCCGCCAGGAGCGCAGAUGGAGGCUGCAAGUGGGAUCAGGAAACCGGGAGCACCCGCACUGCAUGGUUUGGGUCAUGUUUGCUUGUAUGUUUGUGCGCAGCUGCCGAGUUGUCUCCCAGCGAGUCAUCAUCGCCUCUGUCAAAGAUCUGGGGGGCCUACUGCAGAGAACUGGAACUGUAAGACGGCCUUGAGGCAAUCUCGAUCUGGCGGUCUCUCGUGUGUGUUUGCAGUCGGCCAUUGGUGACGAAGGUGUGGAGCACGGCACUUGUGUCGGGUCUGGGAAAUGCCAUCUGCCAGAACAUCGAGCGCAGACAGGCCGAGAGCGAGGGCCGGGAGCCGAAGCCACUGGACCUGGAAAGGCUGCUCGUCUACAGCCUGUGAGCACACAGAGACACUCUCAUGCUCACGCGUUGAGGGGCAGCCAUCCGUAUCUCUGUGAGUGUCUGCAGGAUGGGCGGGCUGUACGUGGGUCCCGUUCUGCACUUCUGGUUCUUCAUACCGGAGUGGUUGAUACGGCAGCCCGGGGUGAAAGGGUUGCCCAAGGUGGGCAAGACCAUCGCAUCCGUGGGGAUCGACCAAACUGUCCUCGCCCCUAUAAUGAACGGCGUGUGAGCCGACACACACACACACACACACGCAAGCACACAGAGGGUAGUGGAUGCGUUGCGUCUGCGUAUGUGUGUGUUUCAGCGCGUAUUACGCCUACAAGCUGAUCGGCGUGGGUGUUGCCGGUGCGCGUGGGGUUCUGAGGGGCGACAGUGACGCCAAGACCGCCCUCUCGCUGAGGUCGGUCUCCCAGGGUGUCACCGAUGCCGUCAACGAGACCACCGAGCUGCUCAAGACGGAAUAUGUGCCGAUGAUGAAGGUACGUCGCAACGAAUGGAUGGAUGGAUGGAUGGGCACUCCGCCCAUUCGCCCAUUGUGCUGACUGACUGACUUUGUGUGUGGUUGGCGUGCAGAUGCAGUACACGAUAUGGCCCCUGGCGGCUGUCAUCAACUAUUCCUUUGUCCCUGUGGAUCUGCGGGUGCUCUUCGUCUCGGCCAUGUCGGUCAUCUGGAGCGCAUACCUGUCGGGAUCGGUCAACAAGUGACCGCAUGAUGCAUGCGUGGAGGCGGUAGAUGCCUACCCUUGUGGGUGUGUGUGUCGGCAGACGGUGUUGGGCUCCUUGCCUUGUGUGUCUUGGGUUUCUCUCGUUACUUGAUGAUUUCUCGUCUGCGUUUCUGAUGAGCUGGUUUUAGGGGUACUAUCUAUAUGUGUUUCUCGAUGGACGAUGGGAACAUUCUGUAUUUAAGUCCAGCUUUUCGCAC